CGCCAACUGCUUUCUGUUCAUGACCCAUCAAAGAACGACAAUGAAUACGGGGCACCAGCGGGUGGUGCAGGAGCAGAAGCUUCAGUAAAUACGUGCUGAAAGGUUUCAUGUUGUGACACCGUAGUGCCCAAGUCCAAGUGGAUGAUGAUCGGUUUUAUUCAACCAACGGAUCCAGGCGGCAUGACAGCGAUCCAGCGCGAACAGUACUUAGCUUCAGACAAUAUUCAACGUGAGCCAGCGUUUGUUUUUUGAGUUUAUGUGUGGUCGCGCAAGAAGAAUAACGCUCCGUAGUGGUCGUUUGCAUUUGCGGAGAUGGACAGGGAUUCCAGAUUAUGAUCAGCAUUGAAUGCGAUCCAAAAAUGAGCCGCUCUAUGGGGAAAACGAAAAGAAUUCGCCCCAGUCUUCCAGUUUGCUCCUGCAAAUGUGGUGCCCUUGGAAAAAAAACUUGACAAAGGAACGAAGUUCAUUGCUGCCUCCAACAUUUUCUUCAUUGGUGCAAGAAACGAGCAUCAACUCAGACUGAAUGAAGAAGCCGAUAAAAGUAUGCUUGCAAUUUUGGCUUUCGUAGUUCUCCUUCUCUGGCUCUGGUCGUUCUCGUUCAAGGGCGCAGGUCUCAAAGCAGCUAGUCCCAGCAUUUCCGCUUGCAGUCCUGACGAGAUAGGACCUGCGUUUUUAGCAUCGAGUGUGGAGAGUGCCGGCAUCUCUGUCUACUUGCAAUCGGGCAGCCAACAACAUCAUGAAAAAAAACCUCAGUUAGCGAUAUGGUUUUUGCGUUUGGUACAAAGUCUGUUGUAGCUUGACCACUCACAGCAGACGACGGCAGCACGGACUUUCUUGGAGAAUGAGAACGGCAUUUUUAAUUUUUGGAUGGCAAAAAUUACACAAGUGGACAGCUCACAGCUUGGUGUUGAAUUUUACAACAGGGUGCUGCAUACGACAGCAGCUGACGAGCACGGCGGUGCGGCGAACGCUGGAACACCCGGGUUGUGCUGCAGUUUUUUUGCCUAGACUAGCAAGACUUUUAAAGACGAGGAAGCUGCGUCGGAGGGACUGAGGUGGGCCGAGAGCGGAGGAAUAAACGAGCCGCAGUAUAUCGAAGAAGAAGGCGGAGUGGCCAACUUCUACCUUCGCGGACGAAUGUCCUCGACAGCUGUGAUGAAGAAUAUCGAAAGGUUUUCGAAAAUUGCACACAACAUUUAGAGAUACGGAUAACUUCAGUUCAGAAAGUAGCAGAACAUCCAAGAACAAGCGCGCAAGUACUUAUUGUUAUUGACGCGCUGCAUCGGCAGCAGGCCGACGUACAGGGGGCGCCUUGUGUUGUUGUCGAUUUGCUUGCACCACCGGGAUUAUGUACACGACUAGUGUUGUUUUGCGAAUUUUCUCACGGCCCUUCGAGAACCAUGUACAUAUUUAUUGUUAACCGACCGUGACCUAUCAAGUACCAAGUCCUGGUAGUAUCUUGAGCGGUAUUGUACCGUCACCCGACGACGGAUGGAGUGGUCCUUAAUUUCAGAACCCUUUCGGCUUCUGCCUUCCUCUGAAGGUGGUCAGGUACUCGGCGGUGGUGUUCCCAUCUUCGUCCAAUGGAUUUCCGUUUGCUGUCCUUGCUGCGACCCCGAACCCGCCCGACAAGGUUCUGUGACACGAUUGCUGUUGCGAGAGACACAUCACGG